AAUUACUUUGGGACGGAACUAGUAAUAUUUAUCCAUUUCACAUAAACACUGGCGCAAUUUCAGACCUUCUGCCGAAAGUUCGCUGCUGUUUGCUGAAUGUUCAUAACUUCAACAUUCAUUAAGGAAUCACCCAAAAAAGAAAGAAACAGUUUACAAAGAAACCUCUUUUUUGCUUUUGUAAACUUUUCUUCAACUUCAUUACUCCUGUGUUUUUGAGAUGUAAUCAUCUUUUUCUAAGUUAUCAUCACAGAAAUCGAUACCAAUAUGGCAUCAACCCAGAAUGCAAGAGAUCUCCAAUGGGUUUUACAAACACUAAGUUCUGGAAGUCUCAACCUGCACAGCAUCUCAUUCUACCUGUCACAGCCAACUUCAGGUUGUCAUCAAGAAACCGAAAACUCGGUGAAAAUCAACAUUUCAGAAAACAGUCUGCCAUACUUUUCUCGCAUUCUUGCCAUUCUGGGAUCAUCCAAAACCAGCAGUUCUUUGAGAAACUUGGAAUUCCAUGGCGUUGAAUGGGAUAUACAGCAUAUUAAAGAUCUGGGAGUUUCUCUUGAGAACAGCUCAAGCAUUAAGCAGCUUGGUUUUAGAAGAAACAGAUUCAAUGUAGAAUGUUUAUCAGGGCUUUCUGAAAUUGUGAAGAGGAAUGGAGUCAUUAAAGAAAUCAUGAUCUCUGAAUCAGGUAUUGGACCAGUUGGAGCUUGCCUGUUGGCUUCAGCCCUAAAAGUGAAUGGCAGCUUAGAAGAGUUGCAGAUAUGGGAAGACUCCAUUGGAUCAAAAGGAGCAGAGGAACUGUCUAAAAUGAUAGAAGUGAACUCAUCUUUGAAGCUACUCACUAUCUUUGACUUCAGAUAUUUAGCUGCAACACCGUUAAUUUCAGCAGUUUUGGGUAGGAACAGGUCCAUGGAAGUUCAUAUAUGGAGCGGAAACAAUCAAGACAACAGUUUUAAAGUGGUUGAGUUUGUUCCUGAAAACGCCACACUUAGAAUAUACCGCCUUGAUGUGUCAGGUGCCUGCCGUGUUGCUUGCGCUUUAGGAUGCAAUACUACUGUAAGAAUACUUGAUAUGACAGGAGUUAGGCUAAAAUGUAGGUGGGCGAAAGAGUUCCGAUGGGUUUUGGAACAGAACCGGACCCUUAAAGAGGUUCAUUUGUCGAAAACUUGCCUAAAAGACAAGGGAGUUGUGUAUGUUGCAGCUGGACUGUUCAAAAACCAGUGUUUGCAGAGUUUGUAUCUAGAUGGGAAUUGGUUUGGAGGUGUUGGUGUUGAGCAUUUGCUUUGUCCUUUGAGCAGAUUUUCUUCUUUACAAAUUCAGGCGAAUAUUACACUCAAGUCGUUGACAUUUGGCGGUGGAAGGACUAAAAUGGGGAGGGAUGGCCUUGCAGCCAUUUUACAGAUGCUCACUACCAAUGAAACACUAACGAGCUUGGGAAUAUAUGAAGACACGAGUUUAAGGCCAGAUGAUAUUGUCAGUAUUUUCAAGUGCUUGGAGAGGAAUGCGAGUUUAAAGCACUUGUCUUUGAAAGGUUGCAAGGGAGUUGAUGGUGAUUUGGUGCUACAGACAAUAAUGAAUACAUUGCAGGUGAACCCUUGGAUUGAAGAAAUUGAUCUGUCAAAAACGCCUCUGCAGAACAAUGGAAAGACCGAAGGAAUUUACCAGAGAUUAGGUCAGAAUGAAAGUACAGAACCAGAUAUUGAUAUUGAUUUACUCAAGGAUAUGGCAAUGGCAGCACCAAAGAACUGUAGAGUUUUCCUCUGUGGGCAAGAAUAUGCUGGCAAAUCAACAUUAAGUGAUUCCAUUCACCAGCAUUUCUCGUCCAGGAAGUUGGCAUACAUGAACCAAGUAAGGACUCUAGUAAGCCCAAUUGAGCAAGCCAUCAAACCAGUAGGAAUAAAAAUAACAUCUUUCAAAGAUGAAGACACGAAGGUAUCAAUUUGGAACCUCGCUGGGCAGCAUGAGUUUUUUUCACUCCAUGAUCUGAUGUUUCCAGGUCAAGGAAGUGCAUCCCUUUUUCUUAUCACUUGCAGCUUCUUCAGAAAGCCGAGUAAUAGGGAACUGAAAACUCCCACUGAAAUUGAAGAGGACCUCUUGUACUGGCUGAGGUUUAUAGUUUCCAAUUCAAGAAGUGCCGGGCAGCAAUGCAUGUUACCUAAUGUUACUGUGGUUCUCACGCAUUAUGACAAAAUCAAUCAAUCAUCACCUAACAUGCAGGGAAUUGCCAGUUCAAUCCAAAGAUUAAGAGAAAAAUUCCAAGGUUAUGUUGAAUUCUAUCCAACUGUAUUUACAGUUGAUGCAAGAUCAUCUGCAUCAGUGAGUAAACUUGCUCAUCACCUUCAGAAGAUGUGUAAAACAGCUCUCGAAAGGGCUCCUAAAGUUUAUCAACUCUGCAUUGAUCUUGUUGAAAUCCUUUCAGAUUGGAGACAGGAAAACCAAAAUAAACCAGGUAUGAGGUGGAGAGAAUUUGGAGAUUUAUGCCAAGUCAAAGUUCCAUACCUCAGGAUCCGAUCUAGACAUAGUAACAAAGAAAAGGUGGAGAUGAGAAGAAGGGCUGUUGCUCAAUGUCUUCAUCAAAUUGGUGAAGUGAUUUACUUUGACGAACUUGGAUUCCUAAUCUUGGAUUGUGAAUGGUUUUGUGGUGAAGUGCUUAGUCCUUUAUUAAGAUUAGAUGCCGGCAAGCAGAGCUCAGGAGAGAAUAAGGGAUUCAUAAGCCGAAAAGAGCUUGAGAAGAUUCUGAAGGGGAGCUUGCAUAGUCAGAUUCCAGGGAUUGGGUCGAAGGUUCUUGAGAAUCUGGAUGCCAGCGAUCUCUUAAAAAUGAUGCUAAAAUUGGAACUGUGUUAUCAACAAGAUGCAUCGGAUCCCAACUCAAUGCUGCUCAUCCCUUCUAUUCUAGAAGAAGGAAGGUGGAAGCAACAAAGAUGGCAGGUGAACGCACCUGAUUGCAUUUAUGCAGGUAGACAUCUAGAGUGCGACGACUCAAGUCACAUGUUCCUGACCCCAGGUUUCUUCCCCCGGUUGCAGGUACAUUUGCACAACAAAAUCAUGGGGCUGAAGAACCAACAUGGAGCAACAUACAGCAUAGAGAAGUACCUUAUUUCAUUGAGCAUCAACGGCAUCUAUGUCCGGAUAGAGCUUGGGGGACAGUUGGGAUACUAUAUUGAUUUGCUGGCAUGCUCCACAAAACAACUAACAGAGACACUCAGACUUUUCCAGCAGCUGAUAAUUCCAGCCAUCCAUAGUUUGUGCACUGGUGUCACAUUGACUGAGAGCAUUUUAAGGCCUGAAUGUGUUAGAAAUCUAAUAGCCCCCCGAUACAGGAAAGGCCAAAUUGUGCCAAUUCAGCAGUUAAAACAAGCAUUACUAUCAGUUCCUGCUGAUAGCAUGUAUGAUUAUCAGCAUACUUGGGAUCCAGUGAUGGAUUCUGGAAGAUCCAUUCUUGGUUCGGGUUUUGAUUAUGCUAGAGACCUUCUAUCAGAUGACGACUUCCGAGAGGUUCUACAUUGCAGAUAUAAUGAUCUCUACAACCUUGCUGGAGAACUUCAAAUCCCAGAUGAAAACAACACGGGAGAUGCUGAUAAUGCCUUGAGCAUCAGUGGAGGUGCUAAUUCCGCAGUUGAACCAUCACUCUCUGGAAUUGCCAAGGGAGUUGAACAAGUUUUGGAGAGGCUCAAGAUCAUUGAACAAGAAAUAAGAGAUGUAAAACAGGAAAUUCAAGGCCUCAGAUACUACGAACACAGGCUUCUAAUGCAGUUACAUCAUAAAGUUAACUAUCUGGUGAACUACAACGUCCAACUUGAAGAAAGAAAAGUACCAAACUUGUUCUACUUUGUCAACACCGAAAACUACUCCAGGAGGUUGGUUACUGCCAUCUUCUCAGGCAUGACUGCACUUCGGAUGCACAUGUUAUGUGAAUAUCGAAGAGAGAUGCAUGUAGUUGAAGAUCAGAUUGGAUGUGAAAUGAUGCAGGUUGAUAGCAGGGCCAUAAAAUGUCUGGCUCCACAUAUGAAAAAUUUCAUGAAACUGGUAACUUUUGCUCUCAAGAUUGGAGCCCAUUUAGCUGCAGGGAUGGGACAAUUGAUACCUGAUUUAAGUAAGGAAAUUUCCCAUUUGGUGGACUCUCCCAUGCUUUAUGGAGCAGCCACCGCCGGGAUCAUAGGUGCGGGUGCCGCUGCAGCUGGAGCCAGAAACAGAAACAGCUCUAGGGACAUUCAGCAAGAUCUUAAAGCAGCUCAGCAAUGGUUAAUGGAUUUCUUGAGGGAACAAAAUUGUUCAACUGGAAAGGACAUUGCUGAGAAGUUUGGACUGUGGCGCAUUAGAUACCGGGAUGAUGGUCAAAUUGCAUGGGUCUGCAGAAGGCAUUUAUAUUCUAGAGCAAAUGACAUAAUAGAAGUUCCUAUCUGAAAUAUGUACAGCUAUUGCCAAUUUAACAUACUGAUAUUUGUCCCAUUGCAUGAUGAGUAGCAUUUUCUCUCAUACAGAGAAGUGUUAGCACAUUUAUCUUCAUCUAGCACAAUUGGUCAAAGUCAUUUUCUGUUCACAAUAUGCUGCUUAAAGAGAAGCUGACAACAUCAAUCAUAUUUUGUAAUUGAGGUCAUUUGAUCUGCUCAAUCACUCCGUGUUGCAAAUUCUAAUGCCAUGACCACUUAUAGAUCAAUUAAUCAAUAUUGACCAUACUCGAUGAAAAUCGUGACCUUAGAUUAAGAACAUGCAUUGAUCAUAAUUCGAAUAUCAGAACCUGAUAGAGUCAUCAUAAAUACAAUAAGAAACAAAGACUACACAUUAGUGAAUGAUUUCUACAUCAGAAAUACAGCAAAUGGAUGAUUAGAAAGCAUAAGCAAAGGACUGGAAACUAUAUAUACUACGAGCAAGUGCAUCGAACAACACAAACAAACUCAAAAGAUCUUUUUUCAUGAUCUCUGAUGCUGCCAUUGUUCAAAUAUCACAAUAUAACGCUCGAAGUACCCUGCUAAAAGUCACCGAAUAGCACCAGUCUUACAUUAUAAACGCUAGAGUCAUGUGUGAUGUCUAAUCCGAGAAACAGGAGGAUCAGAAGAAAGCUCUACUACCAUAAAAUACUCGAGAGCCAGAGUUCUUAGAUGCGUCCAGUUUCUUAUCAGAAGAACUUGAAUUUCCCGAACUGGUUGGUCCACUUUCAAAGUCCAUUGGAAGCUUCAUUUUGGCCAACGACUCAGUAAAUUGCUGCAUGCUUUUCAUGUACAUAUCCACAAUGUCCUGCUGCACCAUCUUUUGAUCUGGCUGCUCGAUAUUAACGGAAACAAGAGGCUUCACAAAUGCAUUACCACCAUUCAGGGUUCCUGAUGCUUUACUCUCAGCAUCUCCAGUGCUGGCACUAUUCUCUUGCAGACUAUCUUUAGGAGGUGAGGCAUAUUCUCCAUUAGCUGACUUUGAGGCAGCCGGAGUCUCGGAAGACUGAGAGCUCACUGGAGUAGAAGCGGCCGGAGAUCCAUAAGCAGAAUUGCUGCUUGGUGGAGAAUCAACCUUUGGAAAUUGGGAGGACAGAUUGUUUCCUGUCGACAAACUCUCCACAAAUUGAACACCAGCUUCUGAACUGUGUUGAUUCUCGGUAUCUGAAGAGGCAAAGCUGUCUGAGCUCUGGGUAUCCAAACUGGUACAUGGAAUCCCAAAAUACUCAGAAACCAUCAAAUUAUUCUCAUUCAGUAUUUUGGGAUCAGGGAACUCAAUUUUUUCAAGCUCAUUUGGAACAGCUGAUUCCUUUGUGUCCGAAUCAAGGAUAUCUUCAUCCCUAAUAACAGAUGCUGGUGCUGAAGGGAUAGCCAGAACUUCAGGUAAAGUUCCACUGUAGGAAAGGGACAACUGGACAAAUCCUGCAGGGGAAUGGAAAAGAUCGGUCGAAGAAAGCGAGAAUUCCUUUUCUAGCUUCCCAUCUUUUACAAUAACAUCAGACAUGGGCACCAAAGCAAACCCCAACAACUGGUCUUCAAGGUAAUUCCUCACUCUGCUGAGCAUCCAAAUUUCACAUUUAAGGGACGUGUCGACAGUGCGAACGCCAAGCCUAAGCUUCUCAUUGAAGAUUGGAUUCUUCCCGCCUCCAUUGAUUAUCUUAGUAGAGACAGUGUUUUCAGGGUCACUUGUAAGGCAGAGCUUCGCAUAAACAUCUUGUUUGUGGUAAAUGCAUAUGUUAUGAAUGUCCCUGGCUUGGUGUAUGUAAACAUCAAGAACUCCAACAUUUGCCUCCAAAUCAUAAACCUCAGUUUCCUUUCUGUGUGCACCAAUUUUGCUGGACAAGAAACCAGGGCUUUUGACGAAGAGAUCCGCAGUUUGCUUCUCUUGUUCAGCAAACACUGAAGAACUCUUGAAUGGUGACACAACAGAUUGAGGGGAAUCCAUUUCUUGAGAGAAAAAUAUUAGGCCUGGAAAAACAGAAACAGAAACCAAGUAUUUAAAAAACUUCAUUACCUAACCCGAAAAUAAACUACACCGAAAGGAGCAGUUGUGAAACUGAAUACAUAUUGAAAAUUUUCAUCAUCAAAACAUGUCCUUUGAUUAACAGUAAGUCCGGGGCUUGAUACCUAAAAAAGAUGGCAUAGUAUCAUCUACAACAGCCACAAAAAAAGUAAAAAAAAAUAAACGGCUAGUUCCCCAUUCCAAGCAGAUUAAUAACCUGUCUAAACAAUUUAGAGAAGAUAACUGAAGCCUAACUAAAUUGAGAAAGUAGUCAAACUUUCCACCUACAAAUUCGAGAAUAUACUUUUUCAAGCUAGGUCCAAAUUGGUGAAGUUCAGAGAAUUCCUGAUCAUCCAGUGAAAACCACAAAAUAUGCUAACUUUACCAAAUGAAACCAGUUUAGUUAACUAUCGAAAAACAUCCAUAUCCUAGAAUUAAAAAACAGACAAAAACAAAAUAUAAAACUGGAGAAAAAUUUCUUACAACACCAAAGUUUACAAGCUCUUCAAGAACAGACAGUAGCUAAUUCAACUUCAAGAAAAACCCAAGGCUGAUCCUAAAAAUAGGCCGAAACCCAUGAACAGGUAAUCUCAAUUCUAGUCCAAAAAUCAAUAAAGUUACCACCUUUACCUUUCUUUCUUCAGAGAAAAACACCCAAUCAGUCACAAGAUUCUCUAAAUUGGAAUCAAAGAGUUAAAAGUAGAAACUGAGAUCUUUUUAGAGCUUCAGGAGAAAGCAAAUUCAGCCAAAAUCCAGUACCAAAAACUUCAGAUAGCACUUGAUUAAAGGGUCAAAUAAAGCAAAAAACCAGAAAAAGGGAAUGAACCAAAUAGCGAAAUUUCUCUUCUUUUCAUGGAUAUAUACCUUCAAAGUCAAAAAAAAACACAAUUUAUGCGUAAUCUGUGGCUCUAAUCCAGAAGACACAACCCAGGUAGCAUAAAACGAGGUGAAUUUAUGACGAAUUUGAGUGACUGCUUACUGAUGAAAAUUUCAGAGAAUAAAAUCUACUGAGACACUCAUGGGAUUUGGAAACCUGUCGGAUUUCUCUAGUUUCGUGCCUACUACAAUUAUAUUAUAAGUAUACACUCACUCCUUAUUUCAUCAUCGUAUCCCACAAUUAAACAAAGAUAUCUUUGUAUUACUCUUCUUUUUUUCUUUUUUUUUCUUUUUCCUUUUUUUUUUUGCAAAUUGCUGGGCGUACUUUCUACUACUCUCUCUAAUCCUUAAUAUAAAAAAUUUUGAAGUUUAAUCUAAUAUAUAUUUUUAAUUAAUAAAAAAAUUUUAAAAAUAUUUUAUGACAAUCAAAAAAAUAUAAAAAAUGUGUUUUUUAUAAUUAAAAAUGUAUAUUAAAUGAAAU